CUCUCUCGCCGGCUCGCUCGCUCGCUCGUCAUUAUGGCGACAAGCGCAGCUCCACCAGCCCCUGCUGCCCUUGGGUCACGGUGGUCCGACCUAGUCAAGUCGUCCCUACACCCGCGCCUACUCAGACUGCCGCUCCUCGUCUUUGCCCUGGAGCAUACACUCGCGGCUGCCACGCAUCUUCCUCGCGUCCUAGGACGAGGAAAGCUGCUGGACGUCAUCCUGCUACCCAUCCGACCUGAUAUAGCACUGGCAUCCCUCCUUGCCUUCACGCUGGGCGCCCUUCCGCUCCUCGUCAUUAGACGGCGAAUCCUCGCGAGGACCAAAUGGCAUCAAGCCCUUGUCAAUCCUCAUCCGGCGCCCUUUGCUUCGCCCGCCUCCCUCUUCACCUCACGUCCGAGCCCUACCGCCCUACGUGGAGCGAUCAGCUACCUCUCUCAUCCCGCGACGUGGCUCUCUGCUCUUCUCUACGGCCUCAGCUCCUUCCUCUUCACCCUCCCGCUCCUCGUCUCUUUUGCCUUGACUUCUCCAACACCAGCCACAUGGCUGCCAUACCAACAAGUGCCCUCCGUACGCAAGGUCUCGACCAACAGUGGCACUUUUGGCGGAUUGAGGUCUCAUACGACGACGACGAUGUACUGGAGACCAAAUGAGCUCGUCUUUGCGCUGCUGCUCCAGCCAUUCUUCGUCGGCGUCGUAGCAAGUCUGGCCGCGGGACUCUUCAGCAACUGGCCAAGUCCUCCGCUGAGGAUACCACUAUUCCCUUUUGUAGAGACAGUCCAGGCCAUCGAGGCUGGUGCAGCAGGCACAGCAUCAGCGGGUGGCACCUCUCCCCUUGCAACCCGCAUCACGAGCAGCGUCCCGUUGCAAGUCGUCAUCACCGGCGUCCACUACGCGGCACUCUCCACGAUCCUCCUCACCCUCUAUCUACCCUUGCGGCUUCCCCUCUUCCGGCUCAUUCUCCUACUGCUCCCUCCCUAUUCUACCCUUCGUAGACUGAUCAUACCCUCCCUCCAGCCGGGAUAUGCACUCCUCCCCUCCGCAGGGAAUCUGGCCGUCCUCUUUGGAAAUGCGGCCUUACUGGCAGCAAGACUGGGGAUGGUGCAGGCCCUAGCAGCGAAUUUGUGGGAGAUCUAUGCCACCCAUCCGCUGGGCAUCGUAAGCGGUGGAAGUGCGGCCGUCAUCAUGGCCGGGCCUACCAAGCCCGCAGCGGGGAGCAUUGCCCCUCCCAACACUGCGGCGGCGGCCUCAGGCACCGCAACUCUUCUUGAAGCGCUGGAAGUUUUCUCCCCGCACUCGCCGCUCAAGGCACGUGCGUCCACCUCGUAUGGGGAGCAAGAGCGACACUUCCUCUUCAUGCACGCCUUGCUCGAUCUUGCGGCUUUGGCACAGAAUCUGGCCGCUGAAGGGGAUGGGGCGGACAAGGGGAAGCGCGGUCAAUUUUGGAAACACUUCGCCGUGCCUGCUAUUGCGGCUGUCGAAGCGGGGGCUGCAGGAGGGAUGGGGGCAGGGACGACGGUCAGCGCGUGGGAGAGGGUGAGCGAGGUCGGGUUGAGGGAGGUACGGGCGAUCUUGGAGGAGAGGAAGAAAGCGGCUGCUGGAGUGCCCAUGAAGCCUGCGGCGCCGUCAACAUCGUCUUCGGGCGGAGCUACAGGGGGCGGACAAUCCGCCACAACGAGCAUGGCCCUCGAGCCGGCUUCGAAGGCGCUCAAGGCGGCACCGGCAUCCGCUCCUGCGUCAACAAGUGUGACCAGCAGUAGCGCGAUGGCUCAGCAGCAGGCAAGGCCGGCAGCGUCAGCAACGGCCUCGACAAGCGCGAUUAAUGCGCCGCCCACUACCAUCUGGCAGCGCCUUGUCUCGACUUCGGCGACGUCAGCUCCAUCUGCAUCAACAACUUCGAGCCAGUCAAUCGCUAUGGCUCAGCGGCCAACAGCUUCUGCUCCCACCGCAGCGCCUUCAACAGCAACUCAAUCACCUCUCGCCAGCCUCAUCCGCCGAUUUCUCCCACCAUCCCCCUCCACCCCAUCAGCCUUCGCCUCUUCCUCCUCCGCACCCCUCACACUCCUCCUCCUGGUCCCCUACAUUGCGCAGACCCUCCUGCUUCUAUCUUUGCAUGAGGACGAGUGGGGCUCCGUUACCUUGAGUGAACGCAAAGGGCUGGGCGUGGAGGCUUGGCAGAAAGUGGCGGGUGAGAUUGCUGCGGCUGUUCCCGCCGAUGCCGAUGGGGAAGAGUGGGGAGUGCUGAAGGAGGAAACGAAGAGACGUGCGGAGAUUGUGGGGCGGGAGUUCGGGCUGAUCAAGUUGUAGGAUUGUGCAGAGAAUCGCUGAGGAGGGGGGAGCGAGGUGGUAAAUGGAUAUAUUGCGGAGUGGGUAUGGUAGCUAGUAGACAUCGCGGACAAUCAUUAGCAGCAGCGUGACGCACACACCUUCUUCCUC